CCCCGCCCGCGCCGCCGCGCCGCCCGGGAGCUGCCUGCGGUCACCGUGCGCCCGGGUGCCCGCCGCUGGGCAGAGAGGAGCGCGCGAGCCGGGCGGCCAGCCCGACCCGGCGCCCCGGGCUGGAAACUUCCGCGGGCGCCCAGCCGGGGCUCUGGCGCAGGGCCGGGACGGGAAAGAAACUACAAGGUAUCUAUGGGGCCACAUCUAUACCAGCAACUCCGAUGACUUGAAUGAGUAUGGGGUUCUUAGUUUUUCAAGAUCCACAUAUACCGGAUCCUUCUGCACAACUGCUGUGUUCAGGCUUUCUCCGGUUUUGUGAAGACUGAGCAGAAGUCUGAUGAUGGGAAGUCGGAAGACUUGAUUUCUUGCCUCAGCAGCACCCAGCAUCACCUGAAAAGUGAAGCAGAGAGUAAGCUAGCCAUGGCCGAAAAUUCAAGUUUAUGGAAGAACUUGAUAGAUGAGCAUCCGGUCUGCACUGGAUGGAAGCAAGAGGCUGAAGGAGCCAUUUAUCAUCUGGCCAGUAUUUUAUUUGUAGUAGGUUUCAUGGGUGGCAGUGGAUUCUACGGGCUCCUUUAUGUCUUCAGUUUGCUGGGUUUGGGUUUUCUUUGUUCUGCUGUCUGGGCAUGGGUAGAUGUCUGUGCAGCCGACAUCUUUUCCUGGAAUUUUAUAUUGUUUGUCAUCUGCUUCAUGAAAUUUGUCCAUAUUGCUUAUCAAGUUCGCAGCAUAACCUUUGCCCGAGAAUUCCAGCUAUUAUACAGCUCCAUUUUCCAACCUCUGGGGACAUCUAUGCCCAUCUUCAGAAUCAUUGCUUUGAGCUCUGAUGUGGUGACUUUGGAAAAGGAGCACUGUUAUGCCAUGCAGGGGAAAACCUCCAUUGAUAAACUCUCCUUGCUUGUUUCAGGAAGGAUGCGAGUGACAGUUGAUGGAGAAUUUCUGCAUUACAUUUUCCCCUUCCAGUUCCUGGAUUCUCCUGAAUGGGACUCCCUGAGACCCACCGAGGAAGGCACUUUUCAGGUUACCCUCACAGCAGAAACCGAUUGUCGAUAUGUGUCUUGGAGAAGAAAAAAGUUAUAUUUGCUCUUUGCUCAGUAUCGUUACAUCUCCCGAUUGUUUUCAGUUUUAAUUGGCAAUGACAUUGCAGAUAAACUAUAUGCCUUGAAUGACAGGGUAUAUAUAGGGAAAAGAUACCAUUAUGACAUUCGGUUACCCAACUUCUAUCAAAUGUCAAGUUCAGAAAUGUCCAAAUCACCCGAUUGAACAUUUUCAGAACUCUAAAGAUUACUGUAAUAAAUGACAUCCCAAUUUGAAAUUUUAUAAUUAUAUUUUUUAAAAAGAUUUCUUCAUUCCCCAAAGGAAAGAGCAAAAUACAGAAAACUGAAUGUGUUCAUAUUUUUAUAAAUCAAACUUAAAGGCACAGUAUCAUUGUCUGCUGUUUUACUCAUCUCAACUUGGUCAUUGCAUAUCAAUUUUGCCAACUUUAAUUGUAUUUCUUAUCGGAACAAGUGGAGGGAGGAUGUAUAACUACAGGCAAUUGGCUCUUUUCUGUAUCAGAACUGGGAGAAUGAAAUUUUGCAUUCUCUAAAAUUUUCUCAGAUUUAUUCAAAUCUGUCAUCAUGCCCUAUGGAGUUCAGAGUUGCUUCUCAAGAAGCAGCCGACGAGUAUUCUCAGCACGCCUGGGUCACUACAGUCCACAAUGACAUUUCCAGAAUUCACUUUUUCUACAACCUCUGGUGAAAGCUGUGUUAUUGUGAUAUGCAGCAAUUAUUUAUUUGAAAUGUGAAGUUACUUCAUAUGACUAUAAAGUAGAAUAAAUGUGAGAUCAUCAUA